AUGUUGAUAAAACUCGCACUAUUCUUUCUAUCAGUACUUUCUCAAACUUUCGCGAACAAAUCGCUUUCAUGCUACACGACACAGGUAUAGUCCCCCGAAUCCCUUUCCCUCCGAACUCGUAGAAUCUUUAGAAAGUUGACUAUGACACUUUUCCCAAGUUCACACUGGACGGGCGUCAUCCGGAAGUGAUCGAGUACACUGAACAGGACGAAUCGGUGACGGGCUCGCCCAUCUGUGUCAUGUUCUUCGGCCACAAUCAGACACACUCUGCCACGUGGCAAGGCCAUGUAAGCAGUUUUGCACUGCCGAUGGAUUGUCUUCUUCAUGGAGGUGCUGACUGCCAUAAUUCAAGUCUAUGAAUGGUUUCAGCGUAUUACACACAAUGCUUCGAGUCUCCAAACCUGUUCACCUUCCUCGAACUUCCUUCCGGAUGGGCUUGCUGCUGCGGAAUCGACAACUGCAACAUGUACAAUCCGUUCUUCUUUCAAAUGUUCGAGAGCAAGACGCUCGACCGAUCGGCCCUCAUGCAACGAGUUAGACCCAUCUGCAAAUACUUCUUCUGCGUCACCUUCAUUCUGUUCUUCGUCGUCGUUGAAGCAGUCAUCGAGACGUACAUUUUCAUGUGGUUGGACUGGAUUCGGAAGAAGAGAGAGGCUCAGAAGGCGCCCACGGAGAAGUCGGCGAUCGGACAGACGGUCCUCGACGAGCCGAGUCCCAUGCCCCCCGUCUCUUCUCUCCAACUUCAGCAGACUCAAUCGGUUCGGAGCGGAACACAGAAUGUGUCGGAGAUGUCGGUGAAACCCUCGGCUUCUCUGGAAGUGGACAAGACUCAAGAGGAUGACGAGGAGCCGUUGUUGCCGAGAAAUUCGGAACUGGAUCCGUCGAGCACGCAGAGAGAUGAUACCGAAGGGAAUGUGGUAGGCUCUGUAGGCGAGCCAGCGAUUUGAGACUCUUUUCAGCCGAUUCCGAAGAGACCGGACCUGAAGAUUCUGCCGUCGGGACGAAUGGGAAGGACUUCGAUGAAUUACGAGGAGAGCACCUACUCUGAUUUGCAGUAG